GACACUAAUCCAGCUUCUUUGCCUUCCAGCAUCGGGCCUGGCAAUGCCGUUUGGUUGUGUAACCCUAGGGGACAAGAAAGAUUACAACCAGCCAUCUGAGGUGACUGACAGAUAUGACUUGGGGCAAGUUAUCAAAACGGAGGAGUUCUGUGAAAUUUUCCGAGCCAAAGAAAAAACAACAGGCAAACUCUACACAUGCAAGAAAUUUCUGAAGAGAGAUGGGCGGAAGGUGCGAAAGGCAGCCAAGAAUGAGAUCAUCAUCUUGAAAAUGGUGAAGCAUCCCAACAUCCUGCAGCUGGUUGAUGUAUAUGUCACCCGGAAAGAGUACUUCAUCUUCCUGGAACUGGCCACAGGCCGGGAGGUGUUCGACUGGAUCUUGGAUCAGGGUUAUUAUUCUGAGCGAGACACCAGCAAUGUCAUCCGACAGGUGUUGGAGGCUGUUGCUUAUCUCCAUUCCCUCAAGAUUGUGCACAGGAACCUCAAGCUGGAGAAUUUAGUGUAUUACAACCGCCUGAAGAACUCCAAGAUUGUUAUCAGUGAUUUCCACCUGGCAAAGCUAGAGAAUGGCCUCAUCAAGGAGCCUUGCGGCACCCCAGAAUAUCUGGCUCCAGAGGUGGUGGGACGCCAACGGUAUGGACGGCCUGUGGACUGUUGGGCUAUUGGCGUCAUCAUGUACAUUCUCCUAUCAGGGAAUCCACCCUUCUAUGAGGAGGUGGAUGAGGAUGACUAUGAAAACCAUGACAAGAACCUCUUUCGCAAAAUCCUGGCCGGUGACUACGAGUUUGACCCACCCUACUGGGAUGACAUCUCACAGGCAGCCAAAGAGCUGGUGACCCGUCUAAUGGAAGUGGACCAAGACCAGAGGAUUACAGCUGAAGAAGCCAUCUCCCAUGAGUGGAUUUCUGGUAAUGCUGCGUCAGAUAAGAACAUAAAGGAUGGUGUGUGUGCUCAGAUCGAGAAGAACUUUGCCAGAGCCAAAUGGAAGAAAGCCGUGCGAGUGACCACACUCAUGAAACGACUCCGGGCACCCGAGCAGACAGAAUCUGCACAACCGACCCAGCCAGCUGCCAUCCCAACAGACAGCGUCACCUCGACGGCCCCCACUGCUGCCCCAGAGCCAAAAGCCGACGCUGCUGCCACCACUACACCCAACAAUGUGGCCCAGGUGGCAGGGGCCCCAGCCACAUGUAAUGGAGAAGAAGCCACUGCCCCUAAUGCCACCCCUGAGGCCUGGAAUGAGGAGACUGGCUGAGUGGGAGGGGUGGGUGGGAGCAGGGCUGCACAUUAUCUCUGUGUAUAUAGUCACUGGCAUGGUACCUGAACCCCUUCUGGCUGCCCAUCCCAUCUCUUCAGAGUGGUGGCUCACCCACCCCACCUUCCCUUCUGUGUCCCCAUCUGUCUGGCUCCAUCUGCCCCAGCUGGGCCUCAGGAAAGAGCUUCUAUUUUCUAUGUUUCUGAAUCUGAAGCAACCUACUAGGCCCAGAAGGACAGACAAACAGACAGACACAGAGGCAGAGCCUGUUGCAUGGAGAUCUCUCUUUCUCUCUCUCCCUCUUGAGUUUCUUUACUCUCUCUCUUUUGGUGGCUUUGUUAGUUUCCCUUCCUUGCUGGAGGCUGCUCCCAGGGCGCUCUCUCAGUCUGUCACUCACCCAUCAAGCACCACAUCCCCCAAUAAUUGGUCGGGUUGGGAGAAACUGGGGCAUUGGUAUAAAAAAGAAUAGCCCACCUCUGUCCAGUGUAUUUGAGAGACAAUGGGGGGGCUGGGGCUCUCAAGGAUAUGCAUAUUAGCAUAUGUGCAUGUUGCACCUGUGCACAACCCAGAGAUGUGUUAAUGUGUCCAUACACAGAUGGACACACAUCUUUGCCUACCACUUGAGUGCAACAGCUCCAGUUGUGUGUCACAUUCAGUGCAUGUGUGCAUUUGUACGUCUGUGUACAGCUUCAUUUCCAUGCUGCACAUCCAUGGUCAUGUACGUGGGAUACGUGUGUAUAUUCCUGUGUGUGCCUGACCAUGUGAAUCAGUGCAUAGCUGAAUGGUUAGGUCUAUAUUAGUGACUCUGUGUGUGUGUGUGUGUGUGUGUGUGUGUGUGUGUGUGUGUGUGCGCGCGUGUGUGUGUGUGUGUGUGUGUAGGAGACUGGUUUGUGUGCGCGUGUGCAUGUAAGUUUGUGUGCACAUUUUCACAUACCUCUAUCCAUAUACCUCUAUCCAUUUGUAAAACCAGCGUGCAUGCAUUGGUGCAUGCACUUGGGACUCGAGAAAAAAGGGAAUCUGAAGCCUCCUUAAGUAACUUUAAGUACAAGUAUCAGGCUGGAGAAGAAUGUCAGCUGAACUGAGCUGGCUGAUGGGUUAAGGUUAAAGGAAGGAGAAGGGUGCAAGGUUUCAGCAGUCAGGUAAUUUAGGGGAGGGACACUUUGUUUACACUGCUUCCCUCAUAGAUGCUAUCAGCAAGGUGCCCCCCAUGCCCCUCAUGUCAGCAAGAUCCCCUUGAGUUUGCUUAGUGCUUUGGGGAUCUAACCACAGUGAUGAUGUGGAAUGAGCAGCAUUUAUGGCCCUAGAAGUGGGAACUUGCCUCUGUUGUAUGGGUGGCACCUUGCCUGAGUGCUAAGUUUCUGCUUCACACCACAUGGCCAGAGACUUAGGCUCGGAAGAGAGUAGACUGCACCACAUCACCAUGCCUGGUGGCCUUUGGGGUGUGCCCUGUGCAGACUUCUCAGAGCAGUUUCCAGAAAAAGGCUGAGUCUACUUAGGGGAGAAAUGUACCAGUCUUACAUUCUGCCACACUGAUUCUGGGCUUUGCUGGAACUUAAGGCCCAUGCAGAUACUAAGCCAUACUCUGCCCUUGUUUACAGUAACCUCAAUCCAAUGACCCCUUGGAUCUCACUCUUGCCCCAGCCUUGUAACAGAGGACAAUGGCCCAUCCUGCCAGGAACAUGGAGGCAGCAUGGAAUACUCCUGGUUCAGCACCUAGAAGGGCUGUGUUUGUGCACUGCAGCCCUCAGUGGCGCAGCUACUGAAGGAAGAAAGAGCUUGCUAAGAAUGUUUGUGUGAUUGCCAAUACACUGGGAGCUGCCCCCUCAAGAAAUUUGCUGUCUAGCUGUGGGCUGUCACCAACCCCAAAAGCAGGCAGCCAAAACAUUUGUUCCUGCUGAGAGUUGGCUACUGAGCCUGGUCCCCAUAGGUGUAGUUGUAGAGCAACCUGGGAGCCCUGGAGCCAUCUGUUGGUCAGGAGGGAGCAGGUUCCCUCCAGCGUUCACUGGCAGAGUGCUGUUAUGCCCUUCUGAAAACGCCAACUUUGCUUUUUCAGGCUGAUCAUGCAGUUUACAGUACAGGCAUGCAUGAUUAAUGCUGCUUGUCUUUGAAAACUGAGCAGUGUGUGUCUGUGAGACAGAGCAUGUGUCUGCUCGUGUCUUUGCCUGCGUGAGAUUUAUAUGGUACACACUACGUGUGCCUGUGGUGCACGUGUUUACAUACCGCCUGGGAUGCAUAUGUAUUUAUAGUGUACAUCUAUGUGUGUAUGUGCAUAUGUUUAUAUAAUACCAUUGCAUGUGUGCCCGUGCACACAAACGUGUUAUCAUGCUCAUCUAUCAAAGUGUGACCUCCUGUGCAACUGUAUUCCCUCUGCCCCCAAACUGAGCCAGCAAUUUGCUGAACAGAGUUCAGUAUGAGGAGGUUUUCAGUCCUCUCAGGGGCCAUAUGGUCUGGCCUGGACUCUAGUGCCUGGAAUACAUAACUGGAACUGCCUGAUUAGGCACAUUCCGAGUUUGUUUCGGGUUUGUCUAUCAGUUUUAGCUGCUGGGUCCUCCUUGUGCUUGACUACUGAGUAAUUUCUUAUUGACAGGGUUUAUCAAUCUAAUCUCCUAAACAGUUUAUGCUUGUGAAAGCUAUAGAUCACCUUGAAGGAAAGCUGUUUGCAAGGCAUCCCAAUCAUCCAGCAUACAAAGGUCCUAGCUCAUGCCAUACAUUUGACAAUGUGUUUUGGAUUGCCAUCACUAUGUAGAAAUUCCAGACUACCCAGUCUGAAAUCUCUUAAGGAUGCUAGAGUAUUCCAGAAAACAUAUUCCGGAAGAAUGUAUAGUAUGGAGCUUGCUCAGCAUCUACUCUUCCUCUGAGCAAAGGUGUAGCCUGUACCAGGGGUUUAGCAAAUAAGCCACUGGACUUGCUGAUUAGCAGCUCUGCACUACCAUCACAUGGUCACAGCUAUGGGAGGCUCUAUGUGUAGGCUAAGCCUACUUCCCCACUUAAGUUUAAGGAGUUCUAAUAAGUUUAGGACUUAUAGGAGCUUCCCUUCCUGUUCCUAGGUGCAGACUGCUGCAGAGGUGGUCAUCAGUUCUUUGCAGGUAGGAAAGAAAAGAAGCAGCAGCCUUGCUCAGAGUCCUGUGACCUCCACUCAGCCUGGCCCACUCAAUGACAGCCCUCCACUACAUGUCCAGGGCCAGGUAUGGCCCAUCCACUCUGUGCUCCCUUACCAUGGCCCUAGACUAAACAGGAAGGAAGCCCUGGUCCUGCUGUGAUGGGCCAUGGGGUUGACCUGCCAUUUAUGGGGCAUUCUCUGCAACUACCUGCCCCAGGGCCCUCCCAGCCUGUAGGCUUCUGGCUCAUGGUCCUACUAUCCAGCUUUCCUUUCCCCUUCCUUGAUUUGCAGAUGCAUGUUUGUAGGGUUGAGUUCCGUCUAUGAAACUGUUUAAUUUCAACCACGACCACCCGGGAGCUCCUGUGUGAUCGCUGCACUGUACCUCUGGCAAAUAAAGACCCUUCUGAGGACAAACUGAGAAAGCACCA